CUUCAGUCUUCCACUAGUCUCUACCAGCAAUCAGCAAAACCCUAGCAACUCCGUUUCUCUCCAUCUCGGUCUGCCCUAAAGCUCUGUCCGAACAGCCCGGCGGUCGAGAAUGGCGUCCAGUGAUCAAACGGUGCUCCAGAUUUCGUCUCCUUCUUCAACAACCCUCUCCGCUAGGGUUCACCCGCUGGUGAUUUUCAACAUCUGCGACUGCUUUGUCCGGCGACCCGACCAAGCCGAGCGCGUCAUUGGUACGCUUCUCGGAUCCGUCUUACCCGACGGCACCGUCGAUAUUCGCAACUCCUAUGCCGUUCCUCACAACGAGUCCCAAGAUCAGGUUGCUUUGGAUAUUGAUUAUCAUCAUAACAUGUUGGCAUCCCAUCAGAAAGUAAAUCCUAAGGAAGUCAUUGUUGGAUGGUUUUCCACUGGGUUUGGAGUUUCAGGCGGUAGCGCUCUAAUCCAUGAUUUUUACACUAGAGAAGUUACAAAUCCUAUCCAUUUGACUGUUGACACUGGAUUCACAAAUGGGGAGGCUACCAUCAAAGCUUUUAUUUCUGUGAAUUUGUCACUUGGGGAUCAACCUCUUGCUGCACAGUUCCAAGAAAUUCCAUUGGACUUGCGAAUGAUUGAAGCUGAGCGGGUUGGAUUUGAUAUGCUGAAGACAACAGUGGUUGACAAACUUCCAAAUGACCUAGAAGGAAUGGAGGCAUCAAUGGAGAGAUUACUUGCUCUGAUCAAUGAUGUUCACAAACAUGUUGAUGAUGUUGUGGAAGGUCGUGUUCCAGCAGACAAUAACCUUGGAAGACUUAUAUCUGAGACCGUAAACUCUAUUCCGAAACUAUCACCACAAGAAUUUGAUAAGCUUGUGAAUGACAGUCUUCAGGAUCAAUUGCUCCUACUAUAUUUGUCGAGCAUCACAAGAACACAACUCAGCUUGGCUGAAAAGUUGAACACUGCUGCUCAGAUCCUGUAACUGUACUGUCAUCUCUCCUUCCUUUUGCAAGCCUUGCCAGUUGUGAUGCAGCGCUUCUCUUGUGGUCGAUCUAUGGCCAGCAUAUGGCUGUUAGUUUUGAGAUUAUAUAAUUUAAUGUUAUUACUUCAAUUUUUCAUCAUGAUAUUUCCUGCCUGUUUUUACUAGAUCUAUUUUGUAUCCUUCUUAAGCCUCCCCCCAAAUGUGUAUUCUUGAAUUUUUAAAACAAGUUUAGGUGAUGUUGCGAAUGAAAACUGAAAAUAUAUUAGAAGGAUUGAACAUAAUGCUCAUCUUUCCUGCAAUAUAGUCGGCAGUUGCUUGGGUUA